CAGCCUUAAUGAUCAGUUUCAACAAUCAGGCCGAAGAUGCAGAGCAGUUUAUUUCUGCUCACUGUGAUGGGUCAGUGUUUCCUCGUCACUUGUCACCACAUUGAGUACCACCUCAUUGAGGAGGCAAAGACCUGGGAUGAAGCUCAGAGAUAUUGCAAAGAGAAAUACACAGACCUGGCUACAGUGUCUGACAUGACAGACAUGAAGAGACUCCGUGAGAUUGUGAAUACACAGGAAGCGUGGAUCGGGCUUCAGAGCAACCCAGGACAAGCCAACAGGAGGUGGCACUGGUCUUUGCCAGGGACGCAAGGGGUGGCGUUAAGCGAUCUUAAGACUUACUUUCCUGGUCAUGAGCCAACUCCUGGAAACUCUCCUGAGAACUGUGCGCGGAUUGUUGGUGGAGAAUUACUUGAUACCCCCUGUGAUAUAAACAAGACAUUUAUAUGCUUCAAUGGAACGGAGGAAUCCCCAAAAAGCUUCAUUUACAUCAAAGAGUUGAUGAACUGGACACAGGCUCAGAAUUACUGCAGAGACAAAUACACAGACCUGGUCAGUGGACUAGAUCAACUAGCUCAUUUAGCUGACAACACUGAAAGUUGGAUCGGCCUGUUCAGAGACACCUGGAGUUGGUCGGAUGGGAGCAUCUCAUCUUUCCGACACUGGAAUCUGGGUUUGCUGAAGGAUGGAGUCAACCAGGAAUGUGCAACUGUGGGAGAAGGAAAAUGGGACUCUGCUGCCUGUGAUGAAACAAAACCCUUCGUCUGCUAUGAUGGUCAGUGUGUCUCCUUCACUUGUCACCACAUUGAGUACCACCUCAUUGAAGAGCCAAAGACCUGGGAUGAAGCUCAGAGAUAUUGCAGAGAGAAUUACACAGACCUGGCUACAGUGUCUGACAUGACAGACAUGAAGAGACUCCGUGAGAUUGUGAAUACACAGGAAGCGUGGAUCGGGCUUCAGAACAACCCAGGACAAGCCAACAGGAGGUGGCACUGGUCUUUGCCAGGGAUGCAAGGGGUGGCGUUAAGUGAACUUAAGACUUACUUUCCUGGUCAUGAGCCAACUACUGGAAACUCUCCUGAGAACUGUGCGCGGAUUGUUGGUGGAAAAUUACUUGAUACCCUCUGUGGUAUAAACAAGACAUUUAUAUGCUUCAAUGGAACGGAGGAAUCCCCAAAAAGCUUCAUUUACAUCAAAGAGUCGAUGAACUGGACACAGGCUCAGAAUUACUGCAGAGACAAAUACACAGACCUGGUCAGUGGACUAGAUCAACUAGCUCAUUUAGCUGACAACACUGAUAGGUGGAUCGGCCUGUUCAGAGACACCUGGAGUUGGUCGGAUGGGAGCAACUCAUCUUUCCGACACUGGAAUCUGGGUUUGCUGAAGGAUGGAGUCAACAAGGAAUGUGCAACUGUGUUAAAGGAAGGAAAAUGGGACUCUGCUGCCUGUGAUGAAAAAAAACCCUUCGUCUGCUAUGAUGACAAAGUGAUCCUGAUCAACGAAGUAAUGACGUGGGAGGAAGCUGUCAAUUACUGCAGAGAGAACCAUCGUGACUUGGUCUCCAUCACCGACCUUAACCAGCAGAGAUGGGUUGAAGCCAGAGCCAAAAAUGCCUCAACCGACCAUGUUUGGCUGGGAUUGCGCUACACCUGUCUUAUGGAUCUGUGGUUCUGGCUCAAUGACAAUCUGGUCACCUACGAGAAUUGGGCUCACUCAGACGGAGAGUGUGACAGAUGUUACUAUGCUGCAGCCAUGAACAAAAGUGGAAAAUGGGUCAAAAAGGCUGAUACUGAGACGUUUAAUUUUAUCUGUGCUUUAAAGUAAACACCCAACCUAAUCCCUUUAUAUUUCUGCUGGAUUUUCCUUAAGCAACUAUAACGCUCUCUGUUGUUGCAGUUAAAAGAGUGGUUAUAUAACAAAUAACAAGGAUUUAUGAAAUGAAUAUGGCUUAUUACUUAUUAUUAGCCACACUACAGCUAUACAACUUUUCAAUCUAUCCGCUCAUUCAGAAUCAAGAAAGCUUCUUGUUAAAGUAGUUAAGGUUUCUUGUGUGAAAGUGUGACUCUUUCAGCAUGCCUAUACUGUUUGCUUCUCACAAUGACAAAAUAUUUGACUUUUUUUUUUGUUAAAAUCUGGUGGUGGUUACAUCAUCUAAAGCAAGUGAUUCUCAACUAGUGGGUCUGGACCCAAAAGUGGGUCAUGGAGAUGUUUUCAGUGGGACAUG